GACUAGGUUGACAAAGUUAGACAAUUCAUUGAGUUUUGUGAGUCAAAUCCAAAAGUAGACAGAUUCAACAGGCAGAUGCGUUGUCCUUGUAAGAUUUGUAAGAAUAAAUAUUUUAAAGAUAUCGAGGACAUUAAGCUUCAUGUACUGAGACAAGGUUUCACUCCUAAAUAUCUUGAUUGGGUUUGCAACGGGGAGGAACAUGGUGACUAUACGAGCCAUCAUCAGCGCCGUAAAUCUGCUCGUACCUUUGUUGAAACCGAAAUGGCAGAAUACAUGAAUAUGGUGAUUGAUGCUGCGGGGCCUUCCUUUAAUCCUUACGUUCCAGUUGAGGAGGAACCAAAUGCUAGUGAAAAAAAAUUUGACAUGCUAAAAGCCGCUGAUACCGACUUAUGGAAAGGUUGCACUAAAAUGUCCCAACUCUCGAUGGUUGCAAGAUUACUCAAUAUUAAGGCAGAGCACAAUUUGUCUGAGAGGUGUUAUGACACUAUUUGCCAACUGUUUAAAGAUGGACUUCCGAAGGACAAUUCAAUGGUUUCUGAUUUUUAUGAGACAAAAAAACUCAUUGAAGAUCAUGUUUACACUCGACUACACAGUGUACCGCGUAAUGAUGAAGGAGAUGUUCCUGCAGCCAUCGAAAGUAACCUAAGCAUUUUCCAAAGCGCAGGACGCCUAAGCGGUAAGACGAAAAAGCGAAGACUUUCUGAUGAUGAGUUAAAGGCGCUGCAUCAUUACCUUAUGCUAAAUAGUGUCGAGAUUGAACCAUUCAUUGAGAAAUAUGUCGAUUCAUUACGUGACUCAAAUCUUGACAUUACUGAUGAGGCUUUACUUCUGCAAAUGGAAGAAAGUUUUGCAUCAUGGUUUGAAAAACAUGCUUGGGAAAUUGUUGAUACACUGCAAGUUAUUCGUGAUGUAUCAAGGGGACCUCUACCCGUCGUCAGCACAUACCCAAUUUGUUAUGUCAAUGGUUAUCGCUUUCACACUGAGACUCACAGUGCCAAACGUGCCACGUUUAACAGCGGCGUGUCUAUUGUUGGAGAGCAUUGUUCUUACUAUGGUCGUGUAGAAGAAAUUAUCGAGGCGUUUAUACAACCAUUCAUCCUUGCAACACAAGCUAAGCAGGUGGCCUACGUAGAGUAUCCUAGAGUAGCUAGUAGGGCAAAAGGUGAAUGGUUAGUUGUUUGUGAUGUAAAACCACGUGGCUGGGUUGAAACCACAUCUGAUACACAAAAGCUCAAGAGUACUGACGAUUUUGAGUACCAAGAAGAUGCAAGAGUGGCAGUCGAAAUUGUUGAAGUUGAACCGCACGAGGAAGCUCCACUACUUGCAGAAUUUCCACAAUUAAUUGAUCUCGAUGAUAGUGAGGACGAAGAAAGUGAUGAUGUUGAGAUUCAAUUGAAUCAAAACUACGUAGCCAUGCAGGAGGCAGUUCGUGAAGAAGGCUUAAAUGUGACACCUGACAAGAUUUUUCUAUCUACAUUCGGAGGACAUGAUGUCAAGAAUUGUGUUCAUGGUGUUGGAGAUCUCGCACGGAGCCUACCACGAAUGCAUGCAAGUAUGGCGGACCAACGGAAGAAGAAAAAGGUUAUAGGUGCAGGGAAGUGCGAGAAGCUUUAUAAGAGGAGGAGGGAGGGUCACUCGCCUAUAGAGCUUGAGUGGGAGCAUGGGGAGCCUAUACGUGGACCGUAUGUUUCGGAGUUUUCUGGGCUUGUAGGGUUUGAGGUCCGAUCGAGAGUGCCGAUUACUUAUAGUAAUUGGCAUGAUGUCCCGCAAGACCUGAGGGCCACGGUACUAGACGGGGUUCGGGCUUUGAGCGAGAAGAAUAGGGAUAUACAGAAGAAGAAUUCCUAUCCGCACUAUAUGGGCCGAGGUGGAUAUGCCAUGCUUCAGUGUGAGUUUGCUGUUGCUUCUCAGGCCGCCACUUCUGCUGAUAUCGCUGGUUCGUCUACCUUGACGAGUUCUCAGCUCGGACGGGAGGACUCUUGGUUGCGAGGUUACACCCCGGGGAGGCAGGCAGAAGUUAUGGACCCUGCAGUGAUGGAGAUUCGUGAUAGGAUAGUUCAGCUGAAGAAAGAGGUCGCAGCCGGUACCUUUGUGUCAGAUGGGCACAAUGAUGUACUGACUAGAGCUUUAGGGACUGCCGAGCACCCAGGAUGCACGAGGGGUGUUGGGUCAUAUUCGGGCUUACGUAAAGUUUUCAAAGGCAACAUGAAGCCUCGUAAGCCCGAAGAAGGGGCAUACAUGUCGCAGCACACACCGUCUGUACCACCUCAUUAUGGGCAGCGUAGUAGCAAGGCGUCUACAGAUUUUGUUGACGUCGCCGGUGUCACUAAGGUUUCUCCUUGUUACUUGAGGAUCUCUGAUCCAGCGGAUUACAUAGUGGCACAUCGAUCGGUUUUCCCACGUGCACCGGGAGAUAUGGUGCACGGUGUUCCCCUCCUUCCCCACCAGGUUAAGGUCUCUGUGACCCUUGUGCUUCCUGGAAUGGGUGAAUAUACCAUUCCUUGUCCGACGGAGCAUAUGGAGACCGUAGCCGAUUGCGAGGGGAGCUUCGUUGCAUGGCCAAAGUCAUUGGUGGGCGUAGAAGAUCCCCUAGUGCAGACGGCUCGACAUGACGACUUCUCAUCAAGCAAAUCUCGUCCCAUUCUCAGCGUACGUCCCACUGCUCCUAGCUCUGCCGUACAGGAUGUUGUUGACCGGAGCUCAUACGUCGCAUUCGGGCUGAGGUGCAGAGAGUUGUGUCAGUGGCUGACACGCACAUCUGCUUUACCUACCAUCAGCGUUAUUCUAAAUCCUGAGUCCAUGCUCUAUCCGGAGGAGACGGAGCUGAGGAUGCGUCCGGAGAAUAUACGUGAGUUCAUGCGACGGGAGGAGGUCGAUCAGACCAUCAUCAUUAUUUUCUUUAAAUUAUUGCACGAUCAUAUGAUGGAGCGGGGCAUUGCGUUUGUCGGGUUGUUAUGUCCGGAGAACAUAGCAUACGUGGUGGAAUAUGGAGAUCGCCAGUAUCUGGAUAGAGCACUCGAGACCUAUCAAUCGUGACCCUGGAUACUUAUGUCGUUGUAUCUAUCGACACCGGGACAUUGGGUGUUAGUUGUAAUAUGUUUGUUUGAAAACAAAGUGUAUUUUCUAAACUCAAUCAAGUCGACUGGAGGGCAUAAGAAAAUGAAGGUGAAGACUUUCG